UUAUAAGCCCCCUUUCCAAAACAUACUUUUUUUUUAUAUUAUCAAUAAAUAUUCGUACAUCAUGUCCCAAACAUACCUUGAUCCUGCCCAGGCUCUUGCCGCUUUGGCUUCCUACAAAAGCCGUGAUGGUCUUUCCGUUGAAGAGCUCCUUGAUGAGCAAUUGAGUGGAGGCUUGACUUACAAUGACUUCUUGAUCCUUCCUGGCUACAUUGAUUUCUCCGCCCACCUUGCGUCCUUGGAGUCCAAGAUCACCAAGAAGAUCACGUUGCGCACUCCCCUCAUGUCGUCCCCCAUGGACACUGUGACCGAGACUGACAUGGCUAUCUCCAUGGCUUUGCUUGGUGGCAUUGGCAUCAUCCACAACAAUUGCGCUGCUGAGGAACAGGCCGCCAUGGUCCGCAAGGUCAAGAAGUUCGAGAAUGGCUUCAUUGUCGAUCCCGUUGCCUUGUCUCCCAACCACACCGUUGCCGAUGUCAAAGCCAUCAAGGAAAAGUCUGGCUUCUGCGGUAUUCCCAUUACAGAGACUGGCAGUAUGAACGCCAAGUUGGUCGGCAUUGUGACCGCUCGUGAUAUCCAGUUCCACAACGACGAGUCCUCGCCUCUCAAGGAGAUCAUGACCACUGACCUUGUGGUCGCAAAGACCGGCGUGACUCUUGCUGAGGCCAACGAGAUCCUGAAGACCUCCAAGAAGGGCAAGCUCCCCAUUGUGGACGAACAAGGCCACUUGGUCUCGCUGUUGGCCCGUUCCGAUUUGCUCAAGAACCAAGAAUAUCCCCUUGCCUCCAAGGCUCGUGAUUCCAAGCAGCUCUUGUGUGGUGCUGCCGUUGGUACCCGUCCCGAUGACAGAGACCGUCUCGCUCUUCUUGUCGAUGCUGGUCUGGACGUUGUUGUUCUGGACUCGUCCCAGGGCAACUCCAUCUUCCAACUCGAUAUGAUCAAGUGGAUCAAACAGACCUUCCCCAACCUCGAAGUCAUUGCUGGCAACGUCGUCACCCGUGAGCAGGCUGCCAACUUGAUCGCUGCUGGUGCCGACGGUCUCCGUAUUGGUAUGGGCUCUGGCUCCAUCUGUAUUACCCAGGAAGUCAUGGCCUGCGGUCGUCCCCAGGCUACUGCUGUCCACCGCGUCUCUGAAUUCGCCCGCCACUUCGGUGUCCCUACCAUUGCUGACGGUGGUAUUGGCAACGUUGGUCACAUUGUCAAGGCUAUUGCUUUGGGUGCUUCUGCUGUCAUGAUGGGUGGUAUGUUGGCUGGUACUACCGAAUCCCCUGGCGAAUACUUUUAUCACGAAGGCCAGCGCUUGAAGCGCUACCGUGGUAUGGGCUCCAUUGAUGCCAUGAGCAACAAAUCUGCCGGCAAGGAUGGCAAUGCUGCCACCAAGCGUUACUUUUCCGAGGGCGACACCGUCAAGGUCGCUCAGGGUGUCGUUGGAAACGUCGUUGAUAAGGGCUCUGUUCGCAAGUUCAUUCCUUACUUGAUCACUGGUUUGCAGCACUCGCUUCAGGACAUUGGCUGCCGCAGCAUUGCCGAUUUCUCGCAGGCUGUCUAUGACGGUGUUGUUCGCUUCGAGAAGCGUACUGCUUCUGCUCAGUUGGAGGGUGGCGUCCAUGGCUUGCACAGCUACGAGAAGAAACUCUUCCAGUAAAUCCCUCUUUGAUGAUGUACAUAACAUACAUACAUACAAGCAAAAGCAUUUCUUUUCCUCAUUCACCACAACGCACUCCUCAAUUAUCCAUUAUUUCGCACUUACUUCAUCAAUCACAUCAAGCACACGCACUAUCUUGAAAAAGCAUACAUUAUUCUAUUAUUAUUCUCAUCCAAAAUAAAGAAAAUCAUCGAUGAUAGCAUACCAUACCC